CGAGGGGAUAAGUGUCAGUAGGUCUAGAAGACGGGCCGCUACAAGGGAAAGUUGGAAAUCUGAAGGAAAUUUUCACAUGUAGGGAACACAUUUAGUGUUCCUAAAUUUUCAGAAAUUGUGUCUGCACGAUCUCAACAACAAAAAAGUAGCUGUAACCAUUAGAAUUCCCAAAAGAAGAGAAAAAGAACACAGGGCAUACUGGGAAUUGACCGCGACAUUUUUUCAAACAGUACUUUUUAUUGACAUUUUUAUAUUUUAUCAAAUACUUCAUCAACCUUUCUACCAAGAAAAUGAGUAACAACCAACUACAACCUUUGCCUGGACAGCAAGUUAUCCAUGUCGCGCAGGACCUGGACACAGAUCUAGAGGCACUGUUUAAUUCAGUUAUGAACCCAAAACCGAGCUCCUGGAGGAAGAAACUUCUUCCCGAGUCUUUUUUCAAGGAGCCUGAUUCAGGGUCUCACUCCCGACAGUCAAGCACGGACUCGGGGAGCCAUCCACCCAGGCUAGCAGUGCAACACGUACGGUCACAUUCCUCUCCUGCUUCGCUGCAGCCUGGAGCGGCAGCCAACGCUGCCCCAAGCCCGGCUCACCACGCGCAUCUCCGGCAGCAGUCUUUCGAUGUCGCCGAUGAAUUACCUUUACCUCCGGGAUGGGAGAUGGCAUUCACGUCCACCGGCCAAAGAUACUUUCUGAACCACAUCGAGAAGAUCACCACGUGGCAGGACCCCCGCAAGAACAUCACCAUGAAGCAGAUGAGCCUGCACGGCCCAGCGCCCCCCGCCCCGGUGCAGCAGCGCUCCAUGGCCCUGUCGCAGCCCAACCUCGGACAGCUACCCGACGGCUGGGAGCAGGCAGUCACAUCUCAGGGAGAAACUUACUUCAUUGACCACAAAACCCAGAGCACGUCCUGGCUCGACCCACGUAUGGACGCUCAUCUCAUGAUGUCCCACCAUCACCAGCCACACCAGCAGCACCAGCACCAGCAGCAACACCAGCAGCAGCAGCAGCAGCAGGCCCAGGCCCAGCCCAUGGCCUCCAACCCCCCUGUUUCCCAGCAGAGCCUUCAGCAACAGAGUGCCCAGACCGGGCUCAUAAACCUGCCCAACCCCCUGACCACCCAGCAACAACACCAGCAGAAGAUGAGGCUGCAACGGAUCCAGAUUGAGCGGGAGCGCAUCCGGAUGAGGCAGGAGGAGCUGAUGAGACAGGAGGUGGCACUCUGCAGACAGCUGCCUAUGGACUCAGACAGCAUGGCUCCAGUCCCCACCACCAUCAACCCCACUCCCAUGAACCAGGGCACGAUGCCCAGCAACAGCUCCGAUCCCUUCCUCAACAGCGGUCCCUUCCACUCCCGGGAGCAAAGCACAGACAGCGGCCUGGGCCUGGGCUGCUACAGCAUCCCCACCACCCCUGAGGACUUCCUCAACAACGUGGAUGAGAUGGACACAGGAGAGAGCCUGGCUCAGGGCAGUAUGACAGUUCCCCAGCAAAGCCGCUUCCCUGACUUCCUGGAUUCUCUGCCGGGCACCAACGUGGACCUGGGCACCCUGGAUGGAGCCGACAUCAUCCCUCUCCUCAACGACGUGGAGUCUGUGCUCAACAAAAGCGAGCCAUUUCUCACCUGGCUGUAGACACACCAGCUGAGGACAAAAGACUUAUCUUUGUGCUACUUUCCUUUUAAAUCAGUGAUUUUUUCCCCCACAUUUCAACAUGCACUCUUUUGUUUUUUUUUUAAACUGCCGAAAAGUCACAAAUGGAUCCCUUUGUCUUCAAAGAAAAAACAUAAAUAACAAACAACAAAAACACUAACCAAAGGUUUGUUUUUAGGCCAAUAGUAAAAGCAUUAAAGAAAAUUGUACAGUGAUUUGCUCAUAUGGUAUAGAGGAUAAAGUAGAGGUUUUGUAUAUUGUGUAGAAUGAUUUACUUUUUGUGCCCUGUGUUUUGAUCUGAAAUCUGAAAUUAUUAUUAUAAUGCAUUCCUGUUUCCAAGAAGGGUAGGAACAACACACAUGUAGACAAAACUGGCUGAUGUCGCCCUUUCUGUGCUGUGACUGUGGAAUGCAAGCAGGGACGUUGUUGUGCCAGUAGGUGGAGCCAUUGCUCCCUUUGGCAAUGCAAAUCUAAACAGGGGUUGCUACUGGCUUCCAAGCUGUUCGUUCCCAGCUCCAACCUAUGCAGCCUUAUGGAGUCUGGGACAUAGCCUAGACUUGAACCCACAACUUCUAUGUGCUUAAUUAUGAUGUUUCAUGAUCAUAAACUCAAAAGCCUUAAAAACAAAUGUAUUUUUUCUAUUAUACAGAUUUUACCAAAUCAAUGUUUCAGA